AUGGAAAGGAACGUGGAAGCGACGCCAAUAAACUACCGAGUUAGUCAGGCUAGUGCUACGGAGCACUCUGUUCUUGUCGCUUUGGACGCCAGUUUGCUCGGUGUCGUUACAGCUCAGGGGAAUCGCGAAAGGACAAUCACCGCCUCACGCGACGUGUCCGUCACUGCCUCAAGCUGCAAAAUGUAUCAUGGCUACAAGCUACGGAAGCUGCUCUGGCAGAAGGCAGAGUUCUUUUUCACCAAGAUUCUCGAGAUGAUCAACACCGACUUCGACUUCCAGGAUGGUCAGCGAAGGAUGAUGGCUAUUGUCACCAAAAAGAUUAUCGCCGAUAUUUCUAUUUCUAGUGAGGAAUCCAAUCAGAGAGAUACCGGCGCCGGUGUAGGGGGACCCGAGGGCACUGUCACUUUGCGAGGCAACUACCGUGUCUCGGAUGCUGAAGCCGACGAGAAGCAAAUAUUUAGUGGUAUAGCCGGAAUUCACUUUCUCAUGUUUCCAAUCGAACGCUUGGACGAACAUACGUUUCGUAUUUACCCCGGCCUCCGUGUCGACGCGCCACGACGUGAGGAUUCUGCAAACAAUUCCAGCACUCGAAACGCCUACGAGAAGUGGUAUAAGAAUGGUGCGAACGAGGACAUGGACGCCAACAGAACUCAAACCUUCAACAUGCCAAUGAACGCCACACGUAAUUCUACAUGCCCCCCCAGACCGGUUCUUGUUCUCACUGCAGAGCCUCAAAGAGAGGAUGACACAGUGUCGUCGAGGAGUGAAAACACUCUAAGUGAGCAGAUAGACGGAGGAGUCAUCUCCGCGGAGGACCUUGUGGAUGGAGACAGUGUUCUGUGCAGACCACAUUUGAACCGCAUCCCAUACGUUGAUAUCAAUCUGAAGCCCACGCUCAAUGAGUUUGCCAUGCGUCAGGUAACUCUCGCCCUAAAAUUUCAGAGCGAAGCAGAACAAGACAAAAACAUCGACGCCUCAUUUCAAAGUCGGUAUUGUUGCACUGCUCUUCGUCUUUUCCGAAGUGCAUUACGGAAGAGAUGUUAUGGAUCAACUAUAUACGCUCUAGAAGGUCUCGGGAAUUUCUACAGUUGUAGCUCUCAGGCAACAUCGAAUGGAGCAGCAGCGAGGGCGUUCAAGUUCUGUGCAGUAGUUCUUCGGAACCCGCGCGAGAGUUAUCGUGUAUGGCUCCAAAUCCUGAUGGGAAAGGCUUGUCUGCGGUAUGAGAAUCGGCCGGAAGCUGUCCUCGCUCAAAUGGUUGCAACUCCAAGUCCCUGGUCACGGAUGCAAUUCUUUCUUCGAAAAGUGCCUAUCAAAGCGAUGUUUCAUCUCGGUCUUUUGCUGGAAGAAGGUACCGAGGGAGUGAAGCGAGACCCAGUUCGAGCUGUAGAGCUAUACGAUCGGGCGAUCGCGGAGCGUGGUGACAUCGAAGCGAUGUUUCAUCUCGGUAAAUUGCUGCAAGAAGGUGGCGAGGGAGUGAAGCGAGACGCGGUACGAGCCAUAGAGCUGUAUGAGGGCGCCAUCGAGAAGGGUGACAACGUCCGCGCCAUGAAUAAUCUCGGUAAUUUGUUGGUAGACGGUGGCGAGGGAGUAGAGCGAGACGCGAUUCGAGCUAUGGAGCUUUAUGAGAGAGCCAUCGAGAAGGGUGACAACGUCCUGGCAAUGAAUAAUCUCGGUGUUUUGCUGGAAGAAGGUGGCGAGGGAGUGGAGCGAGACGCGAUUCGAGCUAUGGAGCUUUAUGAGAGAGCCAUCGAGAAGGGUGACAACGUCCUGGCAAUGAAUAAUCUCGGUGUUUUGCUGAAAGAAGGUGGCGAGGGAGUGGAGCGAGACGCGAUUCGAGCUAUGGAGCUUUAUGAGAGAGCCAUCGAGAAGGGUGACAACGUCCUGGCAAUGAAUAAUCUCGGUGUUUUGCUGAAAGAAGGUGGCGAGGGAGUAGAGCGAGACGCGAUUCGAGCUAUGGAGCUUUAUGAGAGAGCCAUCGAGAAGGGUGACAACGUCCUGGCAAUGAAUAAUCUCGGUGUUUUGCUGAAAGAAGGUGGCGAGGGAGUGGAGCGAGACGCGAUUCGAGCUAUGGAGCUUUAUGAGAGAGCCAUCGAGAAGGGUGACAACGUCCUGGCAAUGAAUAAUCUCGGUGUUUUGCUGAAAGAAGGUGGCGAGGGAGUGGAGCGAGACGCGAUUCGAGCUAUGGAGCUUUAUGAGAGAGCCAUCGAGAAGGGUGACAUCGAGGCGAUGAAUAAUCUCGGUGUUUUGCUGGAAGAAGGUGGCGAGGGAGUAGAGCGAGACGCGAUUCGAGCUAUGGAGCUUUAUGAGAGAGCCAUCGAGAAGGGUGACAACGUCCUGGCAAUGAAUAAUCUCGGUGUUUUGCUGAAAGAAGGUGACGAGGGAGUAGAGCGAGACGCGAUUCGAGCUAUGGAGCUUUAUGAGAGAGCCAUCGAGAAGGGUGACAUCGACGUGAUGAAUAAUCUCGGUGUUUUGCUGGAAGAAGGUGACGAGGGGGUAGAGCGAGACGCGAUUCGAGCUAUGGAGCUUUAUGAGAGAGCCAUCGAGAAGGGUGACAUCGACGUGAUGAAUAAUCUCGGUGUUUUGCUGGAAGAAGGUGGCGAGGGAGUAGAACGAGACGCGAUUCGAGCUAUGGAGCUUUAUGAGAGAGCCAUCGAGAAGGGUGACAACGUCCUCGCCAUGGGUAAUCUUGGUAAUUUGCUGCGAAAAGGUGGCGAGGGAGUAGAGAGAGACGCGAUUCGAGCUGUGGAGCUUUAUGAGAGAGCCAUCGAGAAGGGUGACAUCGACGCGAUGAAUAAUCUCGGUAAUUUGUUGGUAGACGGUGGCGAGGGAGUGGAGCAAGACGCGGUACGAGCUAUGGAGCUUUAUGAGAGCGCCAUCGAAAAGGGUGACAACGUCCUCGCCAUGGGUAAUCUUGGUAAUUUGCUGCGAAAAGGUGGCGAGGGAGUAGAGAGAGACGCGGUUCGAGCUAUGGAGCUUUACGAGAGUGCCAUCCAGAAUGCUUCAUGAGAGCGCCAUCGAGAAUGCUGACAACGUCGGGACGAUGAAAAAACUUGGUUUUUAUUCUGAAAAGGUGCCAAGGGAGUGAAGAGUAAGGUCGUACGAGCCGUGGAGCUGCCAUGGCACAAAUAUUGGAACUCCGAGGUCUGAUGCAAGUCUUUCUUCGGAAGGUUCCUCAUAAUUCAAUAUCCCACAACACUGGAAAGUGUCUUGAGAUGUUCCUGCACGCCCUUCUCGAGAAGGAAUGCGCAACCGAGCCGCCCCCUCAUUAAUUCUGAAAUUCUGAAAAUAAAGGCAACUGGCAGACGUGUCCCGUUCA